GCGAGUUCGCCGUCGUCUGCACACAGCGCGGCCAGCGGCGUCAUUUCUUUGCCUUUAUUUUGCUUUCUUAGCUUGAGCUUGUAUUAUUUUCCCAAAUUUACCGAAUCUCUGUAUUCUACGCCGCUUACGUUCCAGCUACGUUCUGAACCAAGAGCUACCUUUAAAAUGAAGCCACAUACACGUCAAAUUUCGAUAGGCCCGUAGGGUUACCCCCCGUUUUGUUUGUACUUUUAUGUAUGUGUGCUUUUGUGCCUCUUACGAUGGAAAUCGAAUCUCCCUAAGGCAUCACGUAAGCCGCCAGCCCCCACAUAAGAGAUCGGGGCACAUUCGGGCAUCGCGUAAACUGUUUGCGUGUUGAUGAAUCAGAAACGACUCAUGCGGGCCAGGAAGAGACUCUGCUGCUCGACCGAACCGUAUUCGUCGACUACAAUCUCCAACUGCCAAGAUGCGGCCCUUCUGCUGAGGCUACACCUGGAUUUGCGUAGCCAGCGCGUCGCCGGGGAGACCAAGUCGGCGCUGCAGAUGUUGCGCUCCAUAUUCCCGUCGGACAAGUUCUUGGCCGGCUUUCCCGCUGUCGCUAUGAGGCACCAGCUCUACGCCAUGGUGCAGAGCAGAGUAGACGUUGACAAGGCCUUGACGGAGAUGAUGGACCGUCGCGAGGUACGAGUCUUCCAGCUGGGUCCAAACGAAACAGAUGCGGCUGUGCUCUUCACAGAGGAUUACCUCAUUUACGUGCGGCAAAGGAGUGGACACAAUCCAGCAGUAGAAAAGUUCCUGGAAAAGGUUGUUAUGCAGUCCCAAAAUGUCAGCUACAGCCACACUUGCUUGGCUACGGAGUACAGCCUAUGUGAUACUGAAAUCAGUGAACUGGAGCACUUGGGACUGCUUGUGCCACGUGGGAUAGGCAACGACGGGUACCACUGGUGGCUCGGUGUUCCCGGCACAGCCUGCUUCCUGUGGACGCUCGUCCGUGGUCGCGCCGCCCUCCUCCAGACACUCCGAAGGUCAAAGCACCAAGAGCUGUCACGUGCCGAGUUGGAGAGUCGGCGACUACCCCGCGGGACCAAGCUGGGCAUUGGGUAUUUCGUCUACGAUGCCAUAGGGGCCAACCUUGUGACUUGCGUGAAGACAACGUCCGGAGAUGUGCUCAGGUUGAGAGAGUGAGGGGAAGAGGACAUGUACAUAGUCUGACUGUGAGUGUUUGUGCGUGGAAUGCGCGUUAUGGACCAACGGGCAACGGUGAAAAUCUGUGUGGAACACCACUGUGUCGAAAUCUAUGGAUCCCGGUCUCCUUUGUGCCAGAGGACAGUAUGAAGUCAUCUAGGAAUAUAAUUCUGCCAUAAAGAAAGCCCUUUCAUUCGGGCACUGAGCUGUUCA